AUGUCUCUUCAAUUGUUGAAUCCGAAGGCUGAGUCUUUGAGAAGAGAUGCCGCGCUGAAGGUGAAUGUGACCUCUGCGGAGGGGUUACAAUCUGUGCUGGAGACCAAUUUGGGACCUAAGGGAACUCUCAAGAUGCUGGUUGACGGAGCUGGAAAUAUCAAAUUGACCAAGGAUGGGAAAGUGCUGUUGACAGAAAUGCAAAUCCAGUCUCCGACGGCAGUCUUGAUAGCCCGUGCUGCUGCGGCACAGGACGAAAUUACCGGGGAUGGUACCACCACUGUAGUCUGUCUCGUGGGUGAGUUGUUGAAGCAGGCCUACCGUUUUGUACAGGAAGGAGUACAUCCGCGGAUCAUUACAGAUGGGUUUGAUAUUGCCCGUAAGGAAACUUUAAGCUUCCUGGAUCAUUACAAAGUGGCAAAGAACGAGGAGUGUGCUUUGGACCGCGAAUUUCUUCUGCAGGUCGCCAGAUCUUCUUUAUCGACGAAGGUGAACGUUGAAUUGGCUGAGGUUCUUACUCCAAUUGUCACUGACGCCGUGCUGAAUGUGUAUGACAGCGAGACCAGUAAUCUGGAUUUACAUAUGGUGGAGAUCAUGCAAAUGCAACAUUUAUCAGCCAAAGAUACCACUUUUGUCAGAGGCUUGGUCCUAGAUCACGGUGGGAGACAUCCUGACAUGCCUACCAGGGUGGAAAAUGCGUACGUGCUAAUUUUGAACGUUUCCUUGGAAUAUGAGAAGACGGAGGUCAACUCGGGCUUCUUUUACAGUACGGCAGACCAAAGGGACAAGUUAGCGGCCAGCGAGAGAAAAUUCGUCGACGAGAAGCUGAAAAAAAUCAUUGACUUAAAGAACGAAGUAUGUGGACUGGGCUCUGACAAAGGUUUUGUCAUCAUCAACCAAAAGGGUAUCGACCCCAUGUGUCUCGAUGUUUUGGCAAAGCACAACAUCUUAGCACUAAGAAGAGCUAAGAGGCGUAAUAUGGAGAGGCUACAACUAGUCACAGGUGGUGAAGCUCAAAAUUCCGUGGACGAUCUAACGCCGUCGGUCUUAGGAUACUCAGGCCUCGUUUACCAGGAGACGAUCGGCGAAGAGAAAUUCACAUACGUUACUGGUAACAAAAACCCCAAGUCGUGUACCAUUUUGAUCAAGGGUUCCACCCACUACGCACUAAACCAAACUAAGGAUGCAGUGAGGGACGGCUUGAGGGCUGUUGCCAAUGUUUUAAAGGAUAAAGUUGUCAUCCCAGGCGCUGGCGCUUUCUUUAUCGCCGCCUCAAGACACCUAAAGGCAUGUAACAUGAACAAGCUGGGCGCCAAGGGCAAGAUAAAGACUGGUGUGGAAGCCUUCGCUGAGGCGCUGUUAGUCAUUCCAAAGACUUUGGUGAAAAACUCUGGUUUCGAUCCCCUAGACGUCCUGGCAGUAUGUGAAGAUGAACUGAACGAAGCCGAUGAGGAAGAGGAACGCAGAUACGUAGGCGUUGACCUGAAGAUUGGCGACUCCUGUGAUCCUACCAUCGAGGGUAUUUGGGAUUCCUAUCGUGUUAUUAGAAACGCGGUCAACGGUGCGAGCGGGAUCGCUAGCAACUUGCUGCUGUGCGAUGAACUACUCAGAGCGGGCAGGUCUACACUCAAAGAGGGUGGACAGCGAUAG